UUGGUAGGCAUCAGGCAUCCAUUCUCUUGAGUAUUCAUUUCCUUGGUCGUCAGUGGUGAUAGUGGGUCAUCGGGGUGGGUGUUCUCCACUGUAAGCGCUUUGUCUUAGUCCCUGUCGCUUUGGUGCGGUUUCUUCUUGUGAUGCUGUCAACUUGUCGCUGUUGCUGUUGCUGUUGUUGUUGCUGCUGCUGCUGCUGCUGUUGUGGCAGUGAUGGUGGAGGUGGAUAUAUGCCACAAAGCCGUGGCAUUUAGUGACCUACUGACCUUGUGGGAUUUGUGAGAGUGUUGGGUGUUCAAACCAGGACAUGAGUCGUUGCCUGACCACCCACACUACAUGACAGUCGACAAGAAAUGGAACCCGCCCUGCACUCCGUGAUAUUUCAGUUUUGAGCCAAGCUCCUCGCACUGGGGCUCCUGUGAUGUUGGUCAAGCUGGGGUCAGUACACACUUCGCAGAUGCUGAACAUGGCCAGACGCUUUCAUUUGCACCAUACACAAUCACAGCAAACUGCAUAAAUCGAUUCAGCCUUCAGCAUUCCCUUGCGCCCGUAGCCCUUACUUGUUCCAGCCAUGAGCGACCUUUGGGCCGUUUUGUGCGGUUUGCUUGUCUUUGCUCUGAUGAUGGGCAUCCUGUGGGUGGAUUUUCGCCGUUUGGGCCGGAGUCUUGGGAUCUUGGGCAAAGCCACAGAGCUCGAUGUGGAGAGGUGGAUUCAGAAUCAACUUCCAUGUGUGCACACGGAUGGUGAGUUGAUGUGCGCGAUUUGCUUGGACCAACUCCAAUUCGAUGAACGAGUGAAGCAGCUGCCAUGCCAACACUGCUAUCACAAGGAAUGCUUGAUGACAUGGGGAUCCCAGAGAUUCUGCAGGGAGUUUAGCACCUCAGCACUCGUUUGUCCUCUUUGCAGGCAAGAACACAUUUUCGCGUGAACACGUGAAUGAGCAAUUUGAUAGAAAUGGUGCAGAAUGAGAGCGGUUCAAUUGAACUGCGAUGUUGGAGGUGAUCGGAGGAGUGUUCAAGCAGAACAGCCCUUUCCGACACAUCACUGAGUGUCAUCACCGCUGUUAGAUUCAUUCAUGCCGUUUCUCACACAUGCUCAGCAAGCUGCAGCAGACUCGAUUGCAUGGAAAGCCAGAGGACAUUAGAUGGGUGUGUCCCUCCGCAGAGCGCUAGCUGUUGGUUGCGUGCGCCAGUCGUUCGUCACUUUUACGAACAAGUUUUAGACAGUUCCCAUUGUUGCAUUGUCCAUCUUGCCCGUGCAUCCGAGUCUGCUCUCAUGAGAGAUUGCUCUGGGCGGGGCUCCUAUGCAAUGCAGCCUCGGGCUUCAGCUUGAUAGAAAAGCUUGCCCACCCAUGCUGACUUGUCCAG